AAAGCGCUUCAGUAGCGAGAGGGGCUGAGAAAGUGGUGACACCGCCGGGGUGCGGAGGGAGUCCCUGAAACUUCUCCCAACAGCCCCAGGGCCAAUCUCCCCUCAGCCCACUCCCCUCUUCGCCAGCUCCCAGGUCCCCACUCCCUGCACCGGGGGUGGGGUUGGGAGCCAGGCCCGUCUCCCGCUGGGACACACACAGGGGCCGGGAGCGGGGACGGGACCCCCGAGGCGGGGGGGACGGACCGACAGACAGACGGCCGGGCGCCCGCCCCAGCGGGCAGGCAGGCAGGAGGAGGCGGAGGCGGGGGUACGACUGGGAGGACUGGGUCUGGGGAGUUUCCUCUCAACUAUCGGGGGAGAAACUCCCCGCAGCCGGAGGAAAGACCCAGACCGUGUUUUCCUCCCGGGGGCCGCGCUCCCCCGCCCCGCGUAGCGGCGGUCGCCGCCGCCGCCACCGGCGCCUCCACCUCUACCAUCUCCUCUUUCUCCACCACCUCGGGCCCCGGUGUCCCCGGCCAGCACUAUGCCCAUCUUACUGUUCCUGAUAGACACGUCUGCCUCUAUGAACCAGCGCAGCCAUCUGGGCACCACCUACCUGGACACGGCCAAAGGCGCGGUAGAGACCUUCAUGAAGCUCCGUGCCCGGGACCCUGCCAGCAGAGGAGACAGGUAUAUGCUGGUCACUUUCGAAGAGCCGCCCUAUGCUAUCAAGGCCGGAUGGAAAGAAAACCAUGCAACGUUUAUGAAUGAACUGAAAAACCUUCAGGCUGAAGGACUUACGACUCUUGGCCAAUCCCUAAGGACAGCUUUUGAUUUAUUAAAUUUAAAUAGAUUAGUAACUGGCAUAGACAACUAUGGGCAGGGAAGAAACCCUUUUUUUUUGGAGCCAGCAAUAAUUAUUACAAUUACUGAUGGGAGCAAGUUGACUACUACCAGUGGAGUCCAGGAUGAGCUCCAUUUACCUCUUAAUUCUCCUUUGCCUGGAAGCGAAUUGACCAAGGAACCUUUUCGUUGGGAUCAGAGACUCUUUGCAUUAGUGUUGCGGUUGCCUGGCACGAUGUCAGUAGAAUCAGAACAGUUGACAGGUGUGCCUUUAGAUGACUCUGCAAUCACACCAAUGUGUGAAGUGACAGGCGGCCGUUCAUACUCUGUAUGUUCUCCAAGAAUGCUUAAUCAGUGUCUGGAGUCCUUGGUGCAGAAAGUACAAAGUGGAGUGGUAAUAAACUUUGAGAAAGCAGGACCAGAUCCUUCCCCUGUAGAAGAUGGGCAGCCAGAUGUAUCAAGGCCUUUGGGAUCUCAGCCUUGGCAUAGCUGUCACAAACUCAUAUAUGUCAGACCAAAUCCUAAAACUGGGGUUCCUAUAGGUCACUGGCCUGUUCCAGAGUCCUUCUGGCCAGAUCAGAAUUCUCCAACACUACCACCUCGUACGUCUCAUCCUGUAGUGAAGUUUUCCUGUACAGACUGUGAACCGAUGGUUAUUGACAAAUUGCCUUUUGACAAAUAUGAGUUGGAACCUUCACCGCUGACUCAAUUUAUCCUGGAAAGAAAAUCUCCUCAAACCUGUUGGCAGGUAUAUGUGAGCAAUAGUGCAAAAUAUAGCGAACUUGGCCAUCCCUUUGGUUACUUGAAAGCCAGUACAGCACUGAACUGUGUCAACUUAUUUGUGAUGCCUUACAAUUACCCAGUCCUCCUCCCCCUUUUAGAUGACUUGUUUAAAGUACAUAAGGCAAAACCAACAUUGAAAUGGAGACAGUCAUUUGAAAGUUAUUUGAAGACAAUGCCUCCCUACUAUCUUGGGCCUUUGAAGAAAGCUGUUAGAAUGAUGGGAGCACCUAACCUAAUAGCAGACAGUAUGGAAUAUGGACUUAGUUACAGUGUCAUUUCAUACCUCAAAAAAUUGAGUCAGCAGGCGAAAAUAGAAUCUGAUCGAGUCAUCAGUUCUGUAGGCAAAAAAGUAGUACAGGAAACUGGAAUUAAAGUCCGAAGCAGAUCACAUGGUUUAUCAAUGGCUUAUAGGAAAGAUUUUCAACAGCUGCUCCAGGGAAUUUCAGAGGAUGUUCCUCACAGACUGCUAGACCUUAAUAUGAAAGAAUACACUGGGUUCCAAGUUGCUUUACUCAAUAAGGAUUUGAAGCCACAGACAUUUAGAAAUGCGUAUGACAUACCAAGACGGAAUCUUUUGGAUCACUUAACAAGAAUGAGAUCUAAUCUUUUGAAGAGCACCCGCAGAUUUCUUAAAGGACAGGAUGAAGAUCAAGUGCACAGUGUUCCUAUAGCACAAAUGGGGAAUUACCAGGAAUACCUCAAGCAAGUACCUUCUCCACUAAGAGAACUUGAUCCUGAUCAGCCUCGAAGGUUGCAUACAUUUGGCAACCCCUUUAAGCUGGAUAAAAAGGGUAUGAUGAUAGAUGAGGCAGAUGAAUUUGUGGCUGGACCUCAAAAUAAACAUAAACGACCUGGAGAACCAAAUAUGCAAGGCAUCCCUAAAAGACGUCGCUGUAUGUCUCCACUACUAAGAGGCAGACAACAGAAUCCAGUUGUGAACAAUCAUAUUGGAGGAAAAGGACCACCUAUACCUAUGACUCAAGCACAGCCAGAUCUUCUUAAACCCCUUCCUCUUCAUAAAAUUUCAGAAGCCACUAAUGAUUCGACAGUAGAUGAUGUGGUUGAAAAUCACGUUGCAGACCAACUUUCAUCAGAUAUUACACCAAAUGCUAUGGAAAGUGAAUUUUCAGCAUCUUCUUCUCCAGCCAAUUUACUGGAACGACCAACCAAUCAUACAGAGGCUCUUGGUCAUGACCACUUAGGAACUAAUGACCUCAAUGUUGGUGGAUUUUUAGAAAAUCACGAGGAGCCAAGAGAUAAAGAACAAUGUCCUGAAGAGAAUAUACCAGCAUCUUCACUCAACAAAGGAAAGAAAUUGAUGCAUUGCAGAAGCCAUGAAGAGGUCAACACUGAACUAAAAGCACAAAUAAUGAAAGAGAUCCGAAAGCCAGGAAGAAAAUAUGAAAGGAUCUUCACUUUACUGAAGCAUGUGCAAGGCAGUUUACAAACAAGACUAAUAUUUUUACAAAAUGUCAUUAAAGAAGCAUCAAGGUUUAAAAAAAGAAUGCUAAUAGAACAACUGGAGAACUUCUUGGAUGAAAUUCAUCGAAGAGCCAAUCAGAUCAACCAUAUUAAUAGCAAUUAAAAGAAAACAGAAUGUGGCCACUUAUUUCACUACCUUCUCCAAAUACAAAGUAAAUACAAGACUGUUGUGAUCUUGCAUUCAUUUUUUGACAUGCAUUGUUGGCUUUUUGAAAUACUAAGAGCAAGUCUACAGAUCCUUUUUCCAUCAUUUUACAGUGACCUUUUCUUCAUUUUGGUUUAUUUUUGUAAUGUGAAAAGUAUCACUCUAAAAAACAUUUUUAUUUAACAAACUAAAAAUAUUCCUCCAAAUCUCUUGCUUGUCAUUGACUCUUGCGUGUCAAUUUCCCUCAGGUUCUAUUUUCUUAAACCAACCUUUAAAAUUGUCACCUCUGUUAAGGUUGAACUUUGCCAAAAAAAUAAAAAAGAAGUUACUUUGUAAUUUUUGGGGAAAAAAGCACAUACAUUAAAACUAGGCAAUGUUUUGUAUAUACAGUUAUUUUGGAUAUAUUAUUGUAAGUUGUACAAAUGUAUUUUGAAGAAUAUUUAAGAAAAGCACUUUUGUUAUUCCAUCAAUAAAUGCUCUAUUUUACUCUUGUGUGGUUUAGGAAAUAAUCACAUUUAAAGUAAUCAUUUAAAACCAUCUUAAGAUAAUGGAAUUUUAAAGGCCUUGCUUUUUAGCAUUGGAAAAAUACACCACUUGAAGUUCACAUUUGUUAAACCUAACUGUAAUUACAUGUUACAUAAUCUGCAUUGUCUUUUUACUCUAUGUUCUUAGAUUUUGUUGGCCACUCCAACAUGCUCCAUUUCUGCCUAGAUAAUGGAAAUGAUGGUAUCUGUGGCGGAUAGGCAGACUCUUUAAAGCUGUUUAAAAAGCAGACGCCUUUGGACUUUAUUGGUUUCCUUACUUACUUUCCUUCAACCCCUUCUCCUUUCUCACUAGGAUUGUGGAUGGCACUAAGGUGAAGCCGUCAGUUAGGGAGAUGUAAGUCUGGGGUGUACCACAUACUCUGAAAUGUCUAGCAUUUAGCAGCUUGAUGCCAUACUUACAGAAGUCUCACAACAGACUGGGGUUUCAACAGGGAUCUCUUUGUUCUGCUCUGCUAUUACACUUCAACUCUCCAUUUUAUUUAGAAGCUAAAUGGAAAGGAAACAUGUUUAAAAUGACUUUGCUCAUUCUGCACUCUCCCUGAGUUACCCAGGACGAGGAAAACCGAACACUAUUCACUGUCCGCCCUCAGUCCAACAUGGCCUCACGUGUCCUUACUGAGGACGUGACCCUGUGACCUGACUCACUUACCAUUCAUAGAUCACUGCUGUGCCUUGUAGUGCUUUUGGGAUAACCAGUAGAAAAGAAGGCUAAAAUACAUUUAGAUUAAGAGAGGGUGAAAUAAAUUUAUAAAAUUAUGGUAAAAUUGAAGUAUUUUUAGGUUCUUAAUAUUUGAAAAUCACAUACCCUUAUCUUUUUAUACUUUAGCAGAACAUUUUUAAAAUCAAGGGUAUAGCAAAAUGAAACUGUAACUUUUUAUGAAGAAAAGCAUAGAUGAAAGUGGAGAACAUGCUUGAGAUCUGUUAAUUCAGUUUAGGGGAUUUGAAACUCUCCCAAUACUGAAGACAAAUGCUGUCAAGAAAAAAAAGCAUUUAAUGUAGUGUUAAAUAGUAUUUUCAUAUGCAAUUCUUUAAACAUUUUUUCACCUCUACAAAAUACCUUUAAGCAGGAUAUCAUUUAGUAAAUGGAAUUGUUAAGGUAAUUAGCUUCAGUCACAUUGCUAAGUUCAACAAGAGAUACACAAAAUCCAGAGUAUACUGUCUGGUGUUAAAUUAUAUAUGUUUAGAUGCUGAGAUUAACAGGAGGGGGACUACAAGUCAUUCAGAUAAAAGUUAAUACUUAACAAGAAUAUUUAGGAAAGGGACUCAAUCUAGUCCAAUAUUUGGCCACUUUCCUUAUCAGAAAGUUCUUAUUUGCAUUUCACAGGUUGCUCAUGAGGUAAUAAUCCUUUAGAUUCUUGACCUUUAAUACAUUCUGGGGUAUGAACCCUAGAGGGAGUUGGAAAGAAGCAGUUUGUUCCGUCUCCUCUUUUUGUCCUUAAUCUCUCUGCCUCCAUACUCUACGCCCUCAUCCCAAAACCUAGUCACAAGCUUU